AUGCCAUCCCUCAGGACUUCGGAGCCCAGCAUCCUCAUCGGCCUCCAAUACCGCGGCCACCUCUCCCUAGGCGAGCACCGCGCCCGCCUCGGCUUCGCCGCCUACCACUGGAGCAUCGUCAUCACCCCCGCCACUGGCGCCCGCUCGGAGUUCCACCGCUUCGACGUCACCGACGGCAUCGUCCUCGACGACGCCGGCACGGACGUCAACCCGGACCGCGACUGGAUCUUCCGGCGGCAGACCAGCAGCUCUCUCCUCGAGAUCACGCGGUACCUGGGCGCCGUGCGGGUGGGGAAGAUCUGCGCCGGGCGGAUGGUGGAGGGCGAGGAGGAGGAGUUGAUGCGAUUCUUCGAGACGGUGCCGUUGCCGAGGAGGGAGAGCGCGGGGGAGGGGGAGGGGGAGGAGGAGGAGGGGCCGAAGGAGAAUUGCGUUACUUGGGCGCGCUCUGCUUUGAAGGCGUUGGACGCCGCGGCGUGGUGCCGGCUUGCGGAGCAGCCGCUGGAUUUAGACGCGCUGAUGGAGUUUGCGCUGAGGCACGGCGAUACGCGGAUUGGGGAUCUGGUGACGACGCCGGAUGUGGUAGACUAUGCGAGGGGAGAGAAUAAGCGAGGGGGUGCGGUUGGGGCGCUGGUUGGGUAUGUAAAGAGGCUCAGAGGUUCUUCAUGA